GGUUAUCUCCUCUGUAAUGAACCAUGGUGAAAUAAACCACGAUUUAUUUAAGUUUUAAAUUUAUGUAUGUAAGUCCAGGUAAACAUUUGCAAAUUAAUCUUAACUUGAGUUUUGAAUUGCUGUUUCUUUUUCCCCCUCAGGAUGAUGCCCAUCGGGGAUUAGAGGGGGCAUCCGCUCUGGGGGAAGUUGAAGCAGGCGAAAUAGAUCCUGAACCCUCCAAAGAGGACUUGGAAGUCUCGUCGGGAGCCUUGUCUCCUCGGAAGCCCAAAAGCACCUUGGGAGGAGUAGGGGACAGCCUCCUGGUCUCGAACCGAAAUGGGGAUGAUGGAGUCUGGACGCAAGCGACGGGAAGCGGAAAAGAAGGAGGGUGUUUGUCUCCAGAAUCAGAAGGCCUCUUGGCCGGCUCAAACUCUAGUCCCACCCCAGGGAGCAAAGGCCUACCUGGUCAUGCCGCCAAGACGUUCCCAUCAUCCCCCAGCAAAACAGCUGGGCCCAGCCGAGCCAAGAUGUCCCUUACCGGGACCAGCAAGUCCCCAUCUUCUAUCCAGAGUCUGGCUAUGCGCUUACUAACUAUGCCUGGAUCACGUCUUCCAGGUGAUUCUGGGUCUCCCACCACAGAAACCCCAACCCCAGCCCCAGAUUCAGCUCCUGCUCCAGCAGUGGCCUCUCCUGCUGCUCAGCCUUCAGCAUCAACCACUGAGGAAGUCAAACCCAAGGUUCACAGGGCUCGGAAAACAAUGUCAAAGCCCAGCAGUGUACACCAGGUGCCUGAAAAGAGAGUCUCUGAGAUGUUGCAUUUCCGUGUCUCGGAUGACUUGAGAAGCAUUUUGGAACCAGAAGAACCCGCAAAGCACAGGAAAUACGAUUACAUGACAGAUGCCUUGCACAAAAGGAUCCCCCUCUCGCUUCAGCGUUCAAGUCCCAGGGCUACCACAGAGAUCACGGUGACGGAGGAGAUGACGGCUCCCGCUACGGCUUCGCAGGACGAUGGAGGCCAAGAAUGGGAGACUGAAGUGGGGGAUGACUUCAGCCUCUUCUACGACAGCUACUCUGUGGACGGCCACAUCGAUUCGGACAGCAAGUCUGAUGCAGAUGUUACUGGAGAACAUAUGAGUGAGGAAGAGGAAGAAGAAGAGGAGGAGGAAGAAGAAGAGGAAGAGGAGGAGGAAGAGGAAGAAGAUGAUGAUGAUGAAGAUGAUGAGGAAGAGUCAGGAAACAUCUCUGAUAGAAGCACUGCCUCCAGCUCCAAACGCAAAGCCCGGAAGCGCUGGCGGCACGACAGUCCCUGGAUCAAACCAUCCCGAAAACGGAAGCGCAAAGAGCCACAUCCCAAGGAAAACAAAGGUCUGAAUGGUGGCCCGUCAGCCACCCAGAGCGAGUAUACGGAGGUGCCUCUUGGCUGCCUGGAGCUGCCCAACGAGGGGGCACUGUCCCCCAACAAUGCCGGUGUGUCUAAUGAGACAAGUUCGCUGGAAACCGAACGCUUUGAGGAACUUCCGUUGUGUUCUUGCCGCAUGGAAGCUCCAACCAUUGAGCGGCUUAGCCAGCAGGCUGGAAAUCAGUGCAUGGCAACCGAGAGUGCUGACGGGGAGCUAAAUGGCUGCAGCAGCAGCAUCUUGAAGCAAGAAACGAUGCGUCCCUCCAGCCGGGUUCCCCUCAUGGUCCUGUGCGAAACCCAUCGCGCCCGGAUGGUGAAGCAUCACUGCUGCCCUGGAUGUGGCUACUUCUGCACGGCGGGUACCUUUCUGGAGUGCCACCCGGACUUCCGUGUGGCCCACCGCUUCCACAAGGCGUGCGUUUCUCAGCUCAAUGGCAUGAUCUUCUGUCCACAUUGUGGAGAAGAUGCUUCCGAGGCCCAGGAGAUCACCAUAGCCAAGGCGGACACCUCUACACCUGUCCCCAUCCCGCCGUCACAUAGCCAAGGCGCUUCCGAAUCCACCGGCCGUGCUGAUACCACCCAACCCAGUGCUCGGAUGCGUGGGGGCUCAGGUGUUGAACACCCACCAGAUGAUACGGUGGGCUUCGGCGGCCCAGGUAUUGAUAGCGCAGGACCACGGCUGACUCUUCCUAACGGGGCUGUGCUUUCAGCACAAGGAUUGCCAACAGGGGCUGGACGGGAGCAGCUAGAGCGAGCCCUGGUGGUACAGGAAUCCGAAAGGCGCAAGAAGCUGCGAUUCCAUCCACGUCAGCUCUACCUCUCCGUGAAGCAAGGGGAACUGCAGAAAGUGGUCCUGAUGUUGUUGGAUAGCUUAGACCCCAAUUUCCAGACUGAGCAACAAAGCAAGCGUUUCCCACUGCACGCUGCAGCACAGAAGGGCUACAUGGAAAUCUGCCACGUUUUGCUGCAGGCUGGAGCCAACAUAAAUACGGUGGACAAGUUGCGUCGAACCCCUUUAAUGGAAGCGGUUGCAAACAACCAUGUGGAGCUAGCACGCUAUUUGGUCAAGAGGGGUGGUUGUGUGUACACAAAGGAGGAUGAUGGAUCUACCUGUCUUCAUCACGCUGCCAAGAAUGGAAAUGUGGAGAUGGUCAGCUUGCUCCUUUCCACGGGACAGGUGGAUGUCAAUGCCCAGGAUAAUGGAGGUUGGACCCCUAUUAUCUGGGCUGCUGAGCACAAGCACAUUGAGGUGAUCCGUAUGUUGCUCACCCGAGGAGCUGACGUCACCUUGACUGACAACGAAGAGAACAUCUGCUUGCAUUGGGCCUCCUUCACAGGAAGCGCGGAGAUUGCCGAAGUCUUACUUAAUGCCCAGUGUGACCUCCACGCCGUCAAUUUCCACGGAGACACGCCUCUGCACAUCGCUGCCCGGGAGAGCUACCACGAUUGUGUCCUCUUGUUCCUGUCAAGGGGAGCUGACACGGAAAUACGGAACAAGGAGGGGGAUUUGCCCGUGGACCUGACCUUGGAGAACUCGGACGUUUGGUUUGCCCUUCAACUCAAUCGCAAGAUCCGCCAAGGCAUCCUCAACCGUUCGGUGCGCACGGAACGCAUCAUCAGCAGGGAUGUGGCUCGGGGCUACGAAAACGUGCCCAUUCCCUGUGUCAACUCUGUGGAUGAUGAACCCUGCCCAGAUGACUACAAGUACAUCUCCGAAAACUGCGAGACUUCCACCAUGAACAUCGAUCGCAAUAUCACCCACUUACAGCAUUGCACGUGCCAGGACGACUGUUCCUCCAGCAACUGUCUUUGUGGACAGCUCAGCAUCCGUUGCUGGUAUGACAAGGAUGGACGUUUGCUACAAGAGUUCAACAAGAUUGAGCCCCCUUUGAUCUUUGAGUGUAACCAGGCCUGCACCUGUUGGAGGAACUGCAAAAACCGAGUGGUUCAAGGCGGCAUCAAGGUUCGCCUGCAGCUCUACCGAACGGCAAAAAUGGGUUGGGGCGUCCGCGCCCUUCAGACCAUCCCCCAGGGGACCUUCAUAUGCGAGUAUGUAGGAGAAUUAAUUUCUGAUGCAGAAGCUGACGUAAGGGAAGACGAUUCAUACCUGUUUGAUCUAGACAAUAAGGAUGGCGAGGUUUACUGCAUCGACGCCCGUUAUUACGGCAAUGUCAGCCGUUUCAUCAACCACUUGUGUGACCCUAAUAUCAUCCCCGUACGAGUGUUCAUGUUGCACCAGGACCUGCGCUUCCCCCGCAUUGCUUUCUUCAGCAGCCGGGACAUUCAGACUGGUGAAGAACUUGGAUUUGACUACGGGGACCGUUUCUGGGACAUCAAAAGCAAAUAUUUCACCUGCCAGUGCGGUUCGGAGAAAUGCAAACAUUCGGCAGAAGCGAUUGCCUUGGAACAGAGCCGCUUGGCUCGCCUAGAGGCCCACCAGGAUGUGCUGCCGGACAGCAGCAGCUUCCCCGCCUCUCAGGUUUAACCUGAGUCCCGCUGCCCUUCUGCAUGUGAAAUCGCUUCUCCUCCUCCCGGACCCACCCCUGACUUCCCCUUCCUUCCAUCUCCAUCGUGGACUUGUCGUUUAGGAACACCGAAGCUGCUCAGCUCCAAGAGGAAUUUGCCUUAAGAGAUGCCACGUUGGUGGAAGGAGAGAAGAAGACAGAAGACACAUGUCUGGAGAGAGGUGGGGCGGGUGGGGGGGGUGUUGU